AUGGGAGAUCCCACCAGUCCGGCUGGCCUGGGUCCUCCUCCACAUGCUGCGUUACAGCGGACGCUGCUCAACACAGUCGUUCGAUCUGUAUCUUCUCUCGACCGUGACAUCUUAGACGCCCCGGUAACUGCUACGGACUUGGCAGCCGCCAUCCGCCACAUGCGCGCGACUUCGUCACCUGGUAUGGAUGGUCUGACGGCUGGUUUCUACCAGGUCGCCCCUGACGUCUUCGGAGACUGCCUUAGUAUCGUCUUUAAAGAUCGUCUCCACCGCGGUACGCUCCUCCCGUCCCAGCGGAAGUCAGCAUUUGUUCUGCUUCACAAGAAAGGGUCACGUGCGGCUCCUGGAAACUACCGCCCGAUUACUCUUGUGAUCCCCGAUUUGAUCCACCCCGACCAGAAGGGAUUCGUCAAGGGACGAUCAAUUCAUCACCACGUGCGCUUCCUGGCCGAUCUUCAAGACCUGGUUACCGGCCGGAACGAUGAAGCGUACGCGCUGUUUUUAGAUUUCGAAAAAGCCUUCGAUAGAGUCAACUGGGACUACAUGCUUCGUCUACUCGAACGCCUGGGCUUUGGGUCGACGUUUACGCGGUGGAUCCAGCUUCUUUACACGGACCCACGGGCCCAUCUGAUGAUCAAUCAGAACAUCCAACCAGCGCUCUUCCCGACACGCGGUCUAAAGCAAGGGGAUUUGUUAUCAUCCCUUCUUUUCAUCUUGACCAUCGAGCCCCUUAGCAAUCUCCUCCAGAAACACGAGGAGUAUGGCAUCUGUCUGAAUGCGGACCACACUUCCACCGGCGCGUUCUUCGCUGAUGACUCCACUCUCCUGAGCAGCUCAAUCGCGAACCUGCAGGACCAGCUGCUUCUUGUCCAAGAUUACUGCCAGAGGUCCGGUGCCAGACUUAACAUACAAAAAUCUGUGCUGCUCGCGCUCAACCGGAACCACACGUGUCCACUUCUUUCUGGUAUGAGAUUUCUCAGUUGGACGGAUACGGUGAAAUACCUUGGCAAUCCCUUUGGGCAGUCCUCGGUCGAUACCGUGAUCACCGACUUUCUUGAGCAGCGCUUCUACGACGGCUUCAAAUUGUGGUACUGA